AUGUCAGAUCACGUCGAUUUUUUGUACAUGAUCCCGAAUGGGUCCGCCUCCAGCUCUUCUCAAAGGGCUGUUGGAAUGGAAAGCGGCGGGGUAGAACAUAACUCUAACUACUCCACGAAUCUUUCCCACACCGGCGAUGCGUUCAUGACAACACCGGUGUCCUUGUUAAAUGCCCACAGCCAGAGAGUUGCGACUUCCCCUGCACCGUCUUCAUCCGGAAAUGCGCUCUUUCCAUUCACGAGCACCACGACCCCACAUGACUUGGGCUGUCCAAUCGGCUCUUCGCGCAUCGACCCGGCCCUCUUGCAAACCGACGAGGACAAGGGCAGCCACCACCUUCAGAUGCAGGAAGCCCUUGCCCUCCAAGCCUGGCAUUACCAGAGGUUCUUGCAGCUCUGCGAGGAUGUCAAGCGCAUCCAAUCACGAAUUCCGAACCACUUCUUUGCCCCCUCAACAACCUCUGCGCCCGCGGCAUAUGAACAGUGGACGCCUUCCUUUCCCCAUGGCAACCAUUCUCCUCAGACAGGAAAUCACUGUUCUACUUCAUCCAAUGACUUUCCAUGCAACGACCCAUACCCUCCCCUUGAUUCCAGCAAUUUCAUGACCUGGGUUUCUCUCCAGAAAGCUGGCAACACUUUCACCCAUGACUCCAGCCUUCUUCAGAGCCAGAUGGACAGAGGUGUGGUCGACAUUCAAAUGAAUGGCAUGUCCCCGGCCACCCUUUCCGGCAAUUCGACCGAGUUCGACUUGUUUACCUCUAUUGACCAGUCUUCCAACGGCAGAGGUACCUCAGCCUCAGAGACAUCAGUACCACCAGGGGCAGCCAAUGCCCCAUCUCCAAGCCCAGAACGCCAGGAACAGUCUCAUACACCGGCAACUGGCCCCAAAAGUCCCAGCCCCAGCUCUUCAGAUCGCAUCCCAUGCCCCAUCAGCACCUGCGGCCAUACAUCGGCGACUAAACGGGACAUGCAGCGUCACAUUGACGACAAACAUGAUGACAGACUUGAGGACUUGACUGGUACAGGAUGGAGCUUGAGCCCCGAGAUGCCGUGCUCUUACAGCGGCUGCACCUUGAAGUUCCGCCGCAAGGAUCGCUUGAAGAGGCACCGUGCCGCGGGAAAGCAUCGCCGUUGA